AGUCCUGGCAGACGGGAGGAGAGUGGAAGAGGAGGGGUGGUUUUAAUGGCGCAUCACAGUCGGACUGAUCCACCUUGCAAUAAAUAAAUUAUAACCUCGCGUUGAUAAUUGGUAAAUUUACCGAUUUUACUGAGUGACCCGGCGCGUCGUCUGUUCUUUUGUGCGCUUACCCGGCAACCAACCGAUCGGCUCGUCCGCUUGGAGCACUGAGCCAGGAGGCCUAGCCGGGAGUUAGCUUACCCGCUUCGGCUAGCAGGAGGGGGAAGAGGCGGUCGGAGCGAAGUGCAGAGAGGGAAUAUGUAACAUAUGCAACAAGCGUCAACAUGACAUCCAGAUUCAGUAAAACCUACACUCGGAAGGGAGGGGAAGCCAACUCGAAGUUUGAGGAGGUAUUCGCUAAUAAGAAGACCCUCAGCACCAAAUGGGGAGAGACAACGUACAAGGCUCAGCUUGGGACCAAGCGACCCACGUACAAACCCGAGCUGCCGGACUUGGUAAAGAGACCCCGCUUCGAGGACGACGACAGCUCAGAGGACCCGUUCGGCUUCGACAGUGAUGACGAGUCCAAGACCGUCACGUCCAGAGGGACCCCUCAGUCGGACACAGGCUCUGAUGUGGCAGGCUCCUGGAAUGAGCAGCCCAAGGCUCCGUUUGAGAAGCAGACCCAUGGUGGUGCCGUGGCCAGUGGAGGCACAUCGGUUUUGGGGAGCAAUGUGAGCAGGAGCCUUGUGGGCUCUAACAGCACAACUGCAGUCAAGCCUCUGCAAACCUCAUCAAAUUCAAGCGCUGGAGUUGCCUGGUACAAGUCAUCGAGCACAACAAGCAAACCCAUCUCUCAGUACAUUUUAAAAACAUCUGCUAGAGACUCUUCAGACUGGGACUCUCCUGGGGAGGAUUCUCCAUCAGAGGCUGGAGAGGGAGCAUCCACACAAACUUUUGAUACCUCGGACACCCUAAAAACGGCCGAGCAAGGCCCUGGAGAGGUGGAGCCUCCCCAUGAGAAGCCCGUCGAUUUUGAACAGCUCCCUCUCCUCAAACCAUCCAGUGACAGGGUUUAUCGACGGCCCAGUCGGAACAGAGAACAUCCAGAGAGUUCUGGAACCGCCGAGACGUCAGCAGGGGUCGGGGCAAGUAUAUCAGCCGUUGCGCCAGUCAACAGCUCCAGCAGUACUGGAGCGGCCAGUAGUUCACAGGUCAAGCCUGCUGCAGGCCGGGGCAGGGUGAGGGACUACACGGUGCUGCACCCGUCGUGUGUGUCGGUGUGUAAUGUCACCAUCCAGGACUCAAUGGACAGGAGUAUGGAUGAGCUUGUGAACACAACCCCUGCAGAUCUAGGAGAGGCUGGAACUUUCCGGAGGAAAGCAGAUUCACAAGCUGCCAAACCCACCAGGUUUCGGCCCACACAAACUAAGAGUAAGAAGGAGACCAAACUGGAAUUUUUUGGUUUCGAGGAAAAUGAGGGUCAGGAAACAGAUGGAGAGCCUGGUGCCUCUGGCAGCACCAGCUACAAGAUCAAAUACUUUGGUUUUGAUGACCUCAGUGAGAGCGACAGUGAGGAUGAGGAGGAUGCGGCACCUAGAGAGAGGAAAAAGGCCAAGAAAGCUGUGUCAGAGGCUCUGGCGGCUGGAGUGGACAGCCCACAGACCAGUGACUCACAGGAGAGUCAGACCAGCACUAAUGCAGAUUCUCAGGAGUGGCUGGAGGAGUCGGGCUCUGCUGGCUACAACUCGCAGAAAGAACGAGGAGGAAAACAGACGGAUAAGGCGAAAGAAAUCAGCCGCAAAAUCUUCAGCGGACCUAAAAAGUCUCCUGCUAAGGCAGUGUAUAAUGCUCGUCACUGGAACCAGCCUGAACCGGAGGAUGUGCCCCCUCCUGCGCCCACCCGCACUGUUGUUGCACCAAAGCCCAGUGUAAGUGCAAGCAAAGAAGCAAAUUCCUUCAAAGAUGAUGGAGUGUUCAAAGCCCCUCCCCCUCCUCCAAAAGUCAUCAAAUCCGUGACGGUCCCCACCGAGCCCUACCAGGAUAUCGUCACUUCGCUCAAGUGCAACAAAGAGCACAAGGAGCUGUAUACAGUAGUCCAGCAUGUGAAGCACUUUAAUGACGUGGUGGAGUUUGGGGAGAAUCAGGAGUUCACUGAUGACUUUGAGUAUCUGGAGACCGGCCUGAAGAGCACUCAGCCUCUCAACACACGCUGCCUUAGUAUAAUAAGUCUGGCCACGCGCUGUGCUAUGCCAAGUUUCCGCAUGCACCUGAGGGCUCGAGGGAAGGUGGCGCAAGUCUUUAAGAUGCUCAGUGACGCUCCACUGCAUCCGAACCUGGCUUUAUGCACUGCUUCUCUGAUGUACAUCCUGAGUCGUGACCGGCUAAAUAUGGACCUGGACCGGGCCUGUUUAGAACUGAUGAUCCGGCUGCUGGAGCUAGAGCAGGACCAUUCGGUGGCCGACCAGCUUACUGCUAAAGAGAUCAACAAGGUCAAAGAGAAGAUCCGCAAACUCUGCGAAACGGUGCACAAUAAACAUCUGGACCUGGAGAACAUCACUACGGGUCACUUAGCGAUGGAGACUCUUCUCUCUUUGACGUCUAAGAGAGCGGGAGACUGGUUUAAAGAGGAGUUGCGGUUAUUGGGUGGACUGGAUCACAUUGUAGAUAAAGUGAAAGAGUGUGUGGAGAGCCUGGACAAAGAGGAGGAUAAGGAGAACCUUGUGGCCUCAUUAUGGGGAGCAGAGCGAUGUUUACGGGUUCUAGAGAGUGUAACAGUCCAUAACCCAGAGAACCAGGCUUACCUGAUUGCCUACAAAGACUCACAGUUAAUAGUGUCCUCCGCAAGGGGACUGCGCUAUUGUGAAGAGAUGAUUCAGCGGUAUAGCCGUGAGGUCAACAGCUCCCUCUCGUCCUCUGGCACUGCCCUCCCUCACUGUAGCCAUAGCAACGUCGGCAAGGCCGUGGAGGACUGCAUGAGAGCAGUAAUAGGAGUGCUUCUCAACCUCACACAUGACAACGAGUGGGGCAGCACUAAGACUGGUGAACAGGAUCAGCUCAUCCUCACGGCGCUGAACUGUGUCCUCAAAGUCCCUCGUUUCCUACCUCAAGAGCAGAGAUUCGACAUCAGAGUGCUCGGCCUGGGGCUGUUGAUAAACCUGGUCGAGUACAGCUCCAGAAACAGGCACUGUCUUGUGGAAAUGGAGGUGGACACAAGCUGCCUGGUAGAGCCAGAGAAAGAUGUGAAGAAACAAACAGAAGAUGGGAUGGAGGGAGAGGCCCAGAAAAAGCUGGACCAGUGGGAACGAGAAGGCGAAGAUAAACCAAGCACGCAAGGGUCCUCAAAUGCACUGGCUGCACUGGUGCAGCUGUUCCUGGAGCGAGAGAGAGCAGCCGUGCUGGCCGAGGCUCAGACUGAUGACCUCAUCAGCGAGGCGCCCAAGUCUCAGGCUGACCAGAGCGGAGAGUGGCAGGAGACCUCUGGGGAGAUUCAGUGGGUUGCCACGGAAACCAACGACAAACAGGAGAAGGAAAAGAAGGAGGAAGAAGACGAGGAGCUCGACCUCAAUAAAGCACUGCAGCAUGCUGGGAAGCACAUGGAGGACAGUAUUGUAGCGUCUUACACUGCCCUGCUGUUGGGCUGCCUUUGUCAGGGCAGUCCGUUGAAUGUGAAGUCGGUGAGAGAGAGUCUUCCUAAAGGAGAUUUCUCCAUUAUGACUGAAAUGCUGAAGAAGUUCCUAAACUUCAUGAACCUGACGUGUUCUGUUGGCACCACAGGGCAGAAAUCCAUCUCACGGGUGAUUGAAUAUCUAGAGCACUGUUAGCGAAGGUGUCACUGUUUAGCGGAAUAUCAGAGGACCUGGCAGCCCACUUGGAGGCCUGUCGUCACUGGAGGCACAAAGACCUAUGGCGGCUUCGCUGUGGUCACCGUCACCGGGGGUUAGAGGCUCCUUCUAUUCACGGGUCUUUUCAAGCAUUACUUAAAUGCUGUCUCUCUCUCAAACACACCCACACACACACCUGUGUGUAUGCAUUUAAUAUUUUGAAAGAAAUAAUACCCCCCCCCCACCCCCCACCAAUAUAUAAAGGCAAGGAUAUACACCAGUAUUGUAUUUGGACAAAAACAAAGAUUUUAUUCUUUUUUAAAUGUUCAAAAGUGAUGCUCUAUUUAUUAUCAAAUGCCAUAAGUUGUACUAUUGCUUAUAAUAGCGACUAAUAUUUGUUUAGAAAAUCAAAUGUAAUGAAACGAAACAUAUGUUUGCACAUGUAUGUGGACAACAUGGUGUUGAACUCUCUCAUAAACUUCAGAAAACACACUGGUUACCUUUAGGUGAGGGCAGGAUAGUUACAAUAAACUAAGGGUGAUGCACUUGUAAACAAAACAUGAAUGAAUUGUCAGGACUGAUGGUACUACUUUGCAGUGAGACUACGUUUAUGAGUGGUUUACAAUUAAUUUAUUAAUCAUAAAUAAACAGGUAUAACACAAAUAAGCCUUCUUGCUUGCCAAAUAGUGAGUCCACAUUCAUCUGUACUGUCAAACCUCAGACUAUGCUGGUUACUUAUCUCACCUAAGCUUCUCCAUCAGUUAGCUAUUAUCAGAUAUAACAGAUCACUGUUGACCUUUUUGUGUUAUAACUGCUUAUUAAUCUUUUAUAGGGUGUUUAUGACAAUUCAUAAUUAGUAAACUCACUUUAAAUCAUUCAAAAACCCUUUAUAAGGAUGGCCUGUUAGAAAGUGGUACCGGAUUGGUCAUUUUGAUUGGUGUGGGGAAGUUCGAUAAAUGGAAUUGAAUCAUAAUUGCUCUCUAUGAAUGAUGGUCCAUGGGAAAUGUAGUCACAAAGGGAUCGGGUAGUUAAAAUGACGUGUUUAUCCAGUUUGGAUAUCUAAUUAGGGCUGCACGAUUUGGACUAUAUUGCAUAUUGCAAUUAUAAUGCUACAUAUUGCAAUUCCGUUAAAUCCAAUAUAUUGAAAGCACAUCAGUGAAUUCUUGGCAUGAUGUGGUCAAAUAUGGGCUUGUAUUAUAUUAUUUUUGACCAAAAUGAUGUACGUUUGUUGGAUGAUGUUAGCAUCUUGAUUUAUCCAGAAACUUAUCUGGAGCUUAUCUGAAACUCAUUUACAUGUUGCAGCCUUCUGCAGUGUCAGCAGGGUUGGGUAUUGAAAUGCAGAGGUUUCAUGGUGCUGAAUAGAACUGAAUUACUUAAAAAAAUUGUUAAAAAAAUUAAUGUCACUCAAUACCAAAUUAGCCCAAAAGCAUUAAUGCUUGUUCCAAAUCUAAAAGUUUCAUUCAGGAGCUGGUAUUGAAGUCAAGGCAUCAGUAUUGAACAUUUUUAAUCGAUAUCGUAAUAACAUUUGGCAAGCGAUAUAUUGUGCAGCCCUAACAUCUAUGUAGUUGUGUGGUAAACCGGAGUGAUUUUGUAUUUUCCAACCUUUUCGAGGCACUUGGGUAGAAGCUGGCAAAAUUGGGGGAGGGGGAAAAAAAAAAGCAUGAAUAGCUUUACACUGAUCAGUGUA